GAGAUGGAAAGGGGUAGCAGCAGGGGUAGAGAGGGCGGCGUGUGGCUGUUGAUCACCGUGCGGGUUUGGGGAGCGCUACCUUAUGCGGCGAUGUGUAGGAGAAUGAGGAUAAUGAUGAUGUGGCUUUGGUCAGCGUACGCCUAUGCUGAAACGCGUUCGGCGGCGCGCCAGACUGGAGCUUUACUGACCACGACGGAGCUCCGUGUCGGGAUCUGAGGCGACGCUGGCUCGCGCGCUCGUUAUUGGUUCGGCUUUGUUUCCCCCCCAAAAAAAAAACUUCACACAAAAGGGGGAGAGGAGCGAACGGUGGGAGAGAGAGAGAGGAGGGAUCGAGAAGGCAAGCGAAACAACGCGUGAAGCGUGCACGGUGAUCACGCGUGUUCUGAUCGUGGAGGGCACAGUGAUGAUGAGGAAUGUGAUCGCACAUGGACGCCCACUGCACAACGGCGCUCACUGAGAAGUCGCCUCGUUCAGCACCACGGCCAGCGACGCAGAAUUCAGCACCACGGCCAGCGACACAGACUUCAGUGCCAAGGAAAGCGACACGGAUUUCAGAACCACGGCCAGCGACACGGACUUCACCACUAAGGACAGCCACAUGGACUUCAGCACCAAGGAACAGGGACGUGAACUGCAGCACCAGGGACAGUGAUGCGCUGAGCACUAUCUACAAUACGGGUUUCGUAUUUGGAAUGGCGCCUAUAUUGGAGCAUUCUAUAGGAUGAUAAUACAGCACAAGAGCAGGCUGGUUCAACAUAUCAGCAAUGUUAUGGUGACGACAUUACAAUCCUGGUCAAAAAAUUAUAAUCGGAUAGAAGACUUGACCAAGAAAAACAUGAAAAACUAGCGAGGUUAUUGACAACGAACACAUUGCUUUCAACUCCAUGCGUGUAGAAAUAGUUAUCUCUGCAUAUCGUGGUUCAAAAAAAUGGUAUAAUCUAAUAGCCCGUGUGGGCGAACGUUACAGUAGCAUGCGUCGUCCGUGGGGGCUUGGUGUGUUAACAAAGACGUCGCAGCAUUCACUCCUCAAUCCCCUUCUCCACUAGCACCUACCCCCCCCCCACCCCCGAGUCAAACCUGCGCCGACGUCGCGACGCGGCGAGUGCUCACUUUGGUACGGCUGCACCUCUGUGAGGGAGCGCAGGCCACGGGGCGGUUCGCUCAAUGUGCCAGAGCCCGCAUCCCCGCGGAAGAUUCGUCAGCAGCAGCAACAGCAGCAUUUACAACGUUUACAGCUGCAGCAGCAGCAACAGCAGCAGCAGGAGCCCCACGACCAUGGCUCGGGUGUCUCUGGGAGGCGAAGAUACUGCGCGCUUCGCGCUGCUCGCCGCGCUCAUCCUCUGCUACCUGCUGUGCGGAGCGGCCGUCUUCUCCGCCCUGGAGCGACCCUCCGAGCUGGUGGCGCAGGAGCGCUGGCUGCACCGCCUGGAAAACUUCACUCAGCACUUCGGAGUGCCCCGGGCCGAUCUCGACGCGCUUCUCCGGGACUUUGAGCUGGGGGCCACAGCCGGGGUGCGGGCGGCACCGCUGCGCCCCCGCUGGGACUUCACGGGGGCUUUUUACUUCGUUGGCACCGUGGUCUCAACGAUUGGCUUCGGCAUGACGACGCCCACGACGGUGAGCGGCAAGAUCUUCCUCAUUUUCUACGGACUCUUCGGCUGCGCCGCGGGCAUCCUCUUCUUCAACCUCUUCCUGGAGCGGCUCAUCACGCUGCUGGCGUGCGUCAUGCGCUCCUGCCACCGGCGGCAAAUCAAUCGGCUCGUCAUCCAGCCGGGGCGCAAGGCGUCCGAUCAGUCGGACGCCAUCGAGUGCCUCGCCGGCUGGAAGCCGUCCGUCUACCACGUCAUGAUGAUCCUGGGCAUCGCCGCCGUGGCCAUCGCGUGCUCCGCUUCGGCGAUGUUCUCCGCCGUCGAGGGCUGGAGCUACGUCGACUCGUUAUACUUCUGCUUCGUGGCGUUCAGCACCAUCGGCUUCGGCGACCUCGUGACCGGCCAGCGCGACCUCUACGACCACCAGACGUGGUACCGCGUGGGCAACAUCGUGUUCAUCCUCGCCGGCGUCUGCUGCAUAUACUCGCUCUUCAACGUCCUCUCCAUCGUCAUCAAGCAGACGCUCACGUGGAUGCUGCACAAGGCCGACUGCAGGAGCCUGUGCCGACGCCGGCCGAGGCUACGGGCGCGCAACCAGCGGCGCAACGCGGUCAUGCCCGGCGUGCCGCGGGGACGCCGCAACAACAACAACAACGACGCUGCCGGCGGAGGCGGCGGUGGCGGCGGCGUUGAGACCGUGGCCGCGCCGGGCCCCCGUCGCUACGACGGCGGCGCGGGCAACGACAGCGACACGGACGGGCGGCGUCUCUCGGGCGAGCUCAUAUCCAUGAAGGACUUCCUGGCGUCCAACAAAGUGUCGCUGGCGCUCAUGCAGAAGCAGCUGUCCGAGGCGGCGAACGGGCACCACCACCGCGUAGCGCACCGCUGCUCGCCCGUGCACUCGCACUCGCUCGGGCGGGAGAACGGAUUCGCCGCGGGCGUCGGGGCGCUGGCCAUCAUGAACAACCGGCUGGCGGAGACCAGCGAGGAUAGGUGAGACGCCGCGAGGCAAGUGGAGGACUGGGGUGGUGGUGGUGGCCUCUCGAUUGGCCAUUGGUUUUGCGUGCGAGCGACGGCUUUGUGUGCCCAGGGUGGUGGUGGGGAGAUUUGCAGAGGCAAUUGCCCCGCACCCCCCCCCCACCCCCCCCGGGGCUCGAGUUGUUUCCGGACUGUUGCUGAUAAACUAUAAAUCGAUUUUUUAUUUUAUUUCAUUUUGCCAGGUGAGGCCCAAUGGGCGAUAUGGCGCUUUUUUUUCUUUCUUCAGAAGCGACUUCGCCACAAAUGAUAACUCAACGAAGUGGCUUAUCGAGUGGAAAUUCACAGCAAGCCAAAUGACUCUUAAACGCAUCUUCAUCAUAAAUACCGAGUUGAAAACCCAGAUAAAAAUCCACCGCGACCAACAACGGGGAGAAGACGCGAACUCCAAAUAUUACAGGCGCCAGGGUCGGAAUCGAACCCGCCACCCUCCUCCCGCACACCAGGCGAGGUAGUCAACAUCUCACCACUCGUGCAGCUGGGAUCCGUUGUGGCUUCACGAUCGGAAGCGCCUCCCCAGGAGAGCCGUCCUGGUGGGUGUCCAGCACCGGUCGCGUUAUUCACCCGCACGUUGCAUUCACGUCGCCACUCGUCAAUGUCUCCCCCUCCUCCCUGGGACGUGCUGUCAGCCGACAUCAGAAAGCCCCGAGAUGGACCUCAUCGCCGAGGCAAUUCGGGGAAACAAAGUGCCAUUGGCUGUGAAUGUUACCGACCAUCUCCCCACCCCCCCAUUGCCGCCACCACCGUUGUUUUAUUUAAUUUAAUUUCCACAAGAAUCGUAUAUCACAAAAACAAACAAGCUUGCAGUAACGCUUGCCUCAUGGAGAAUCUUCUUUGAGCUCGGGUUAUUUGUGUUUUGACAGCCCGGCUGCCGUUCUCUAUGGAUAGGUGGAAGCUAAAAGUGUGGUCUUUAUUUAUUAGUGCUCGGAAUCAGACAUAGAUCGGGAUGUGAUUCAGGGAGUUGCAUUUUGCUUAAUCUUACAUUUAAUUGAUGAAGCGCCUUUCUAAAAGGGUACUCAAAAGGCGCUCUACAUCAACAUUGAAUAAGUAAAUAGUUAUCAAAGGUUGGGGAAAAACUAAGAAAUGGAGAAGCAUAGUCUUGUCUGCAAUACACUGGUGUCAAUACUGGCGUACAAAAUAGGUUUAUAUUGUCGAAAUAACCACAGCAAAACUGCACUUAAGCCUAUAUUGUUAAUGCAAAAAAACAAUUAUCAUUGCGUUUGCCAUAUGACUCAGAGCGAGCGAGAUUAAUGUAUGCCAAGGCUAUUUUAAGAACCAAUCUACAUGUGGCAACAUCACCGUGGCUUGCUUUUGAAAAAACAAAAAAACCCAGAUUUUUUUUCUCUUUACCGGAUGAAUCAGCCAGCGUCUGAUGCGAACGUUCUCGUACCGUCAAUACUCUCCUGUCAUUCUUUCGUGGGUAGCUUACGGCGUGUGUGUGGUCUGUAAGGUUGUGUGCGACAAAGAAAGAUGAACAUUACGAAAGUGUAACCUAAGCGUUGGUUAGACACAGCGAGAUACGUUCGUUUCAAACACUGGCGGAGCCAGUGGUGGGGGGGGGGGCACGUGCCCC